CUUUUCCUUUAACCACGCUUCUGACACUGCCCACAUCGUGGCAUUGCUUGUAGAUAAAUGCAAUGCCGAAGGCAUUUAUACCCCCACCGUGGCUAUCUCCACCGCUACUUUAGACCUUUAUCGCCCUACUCCUUCCUUCCUCAUCGCUCUCUCUCCCCCCUCCUCACUGUUCCGCCACUAACUAGCAUUCGCAAUGCGGCGAGUUUUUCCUCUUCUCGCCGCUUCGCUUCUCCUGUUGUUGGCGGCCGCCAGCGCCCCGGUGGCGCAAGGCUACAACAUAACCAAGAUUCUGGCGGCGAACCCUGAGUUCUCCACUUUCAACCACUACCUUACCGUCACCCACCUGGCGUCCGAGAUCAACCGCCGCCUCACCAUCACCGUGCUUGCGGUCGACAACUCUGGCAUGGCCGUCCUCCUCGCCAAGCACCUCUCCGUCCUCACACUCCGCAACGUCCUCGCCCUCCACAUCCUCACUGACUAUUACGGCGCCAAGAAGCUCCACCAGCUCACUGGCGGCUCCACCCUGGCCUCCUCCGUCUUCCAGUCCUCCGGCCACGCCCCCGGAACCACCGGCUACAUCAACAUUACCGACCACCGCGCCGGCAAGGUCACCUUUGCCGCCGAGGACUCCGGUGGCGCACCUCCGGUCUCCUUCGUCAAGGCCGUGAAGGAGAUGCCCUACAACAUUUCCGUGCUGCAGGUGAGCACCAUCCUUAGCUCCCCCGAGGCGGAGGCCCCCGUGGCGGCCCCCGCCCCUGUCAACCUCACCGCGCUCAUGGCUAAGAAGGGCUGCAAGGCCUUCGCCGACCUGCUGCUCGCCCGCCCGGACGUCCUCCAGAUCUUCCAGGACAACCUCGACAGCGGGCUCACCGUCUUCUGCCCCGACGACGCUGCCGUCAAGGCGUUCGCUCCCAAGUACAAGAACCUCACCGCCGACGGCAAGGCCUCCCUCCUUCUCUACCACGGCAUGCCGGUGUACUACUCCCCGCAGCUCCUCAAGGCCAACAACGGCGUCGUCAACACCCUCGCCACCGACGGCUCCAACAAGAACUUCAACUACACCGUGCAGACCGACGGCACGGACAUCACGCUGAAGACCCGCAUCGUCACUGCCACCAUCACCUCUACUCUCAUCGAUCAGGACCCCGACGCCGUCUACGCCAUCGACAAGGUGCUCCAGCCCCGGGAGCUGUUCAAGCUCGCUGAGGUCGUCGACGCCCCCUCCCCGGCCCCCGCCGGAUCCAAGAAGGCCAAGCACGGGGCCAAGCACGCGUCGCCGCCCGCCCCUGCCGGUCCCGAGGAAGCCCCCGCGGAUCAGGCGGCGGCUGACAACGCCGCCUUCAGGGCCGGCUCUGCAGGACGGUGGCUCGUCACAGCCGCAGCUUCUCUGGCGGCGGCGGUCAUAGUCGUCGUCUAGUGAACGAAGCUCUCUCUCUCUCUCUCUCUCUCUCUCUUUCAGUCCGUUACAGUUGUUUUGCAUUUCUUCCGUUUCUGUUGUAAUUUGAUGAUUCGUGAGAGGGUAAUAAUUAAGGAGUGAGAUGUAUAUUCGAUCACA